UAUGUCAUUCAAAAAAAUAAAAUUUGCUUAAUAAUAAUUUUAGAAUUAGCUAUGUUGAGAACUUUUUUAUACAAAAUACCGAUUAUCGAAUUAAGAGAUUAGAAAAUUGAUUAGUGUUAAUAUGAACCGGUUUGAAUAUGUUCCUGCAAAACUUCAAGAAGAUGAAAGCUUUGUGGGUAAACAUGAUAACAUAAAGAUUUACAAUGGGCAUGAGAAAACUCAUUUUGAGGAUGGAGAAGUGGUUUUGACGACACAUAGGUUAUUUUGGGGAAAACCAGGUCAAAUAUCUCGAGGAGAAGUUAUAUUGUGCCUUCAUUUUAAAUAUGUUGUUGGUAUUGAUGAAGAACAAGCAAGUUCUUUUAUAUUUGGUAAGAAAACACGUGUUAUUUUUAAUUUACGGCCUCCUUUAGAAGACAAGACACCGGGACCCUUUGAUUCAAGUAGUGCUCAUUUUAUUAAACUAUCGGGAAGGCAUGGGUUAGCUAUCGAAUUUAUCGAAACUAUUAAGGAGACAAUAAACGCAAGAAUUUGGGAAAUAAAAUCUACAAGUGUGGAUAUGGUAAGCGUUACACAAAAAACUGAAGUGGUUCCUAGAAUAAAACUUAGAACAGGCAUAACUGGUAUUGAAAGAUCAAUCGUUGAAAAACAGAAACAGACUGAUGAAAGUAUAGCUGCUGCCUUCCAGGAUUUGAAGGUUCUUAUGACAAUGGCAAAAGAAAUGGUUGGAAUAUCUAAAGCUAUAAGCCAAAAAAUAAAAGAACGAAAAGGAGAAAUAUCAGAGGAUGAAACAGUUAAAUUUAAGUCUUAUCUUAUGAGCUUAGGAAUUGAUGAUCCUGUUACACGAAAUAGUUUUGCGAGUACGUCUGAGUACUAUAAAAGCUUAUCUAAUGAAAUUUGUGGGAUACUUCUGGACCCUAUAGAGGAAAUUGGGGGUAUGAUGUCUUUAGCGGAUGCCUACUGUAGAAUUAAUAGAGCUAGAGGUUUGGAACUUCUUUCCCCAGAAGAUGUACUAGAUUCCUGUAGAUUAUUAAAUGGACCCAUCAAAUUAAGGCAAUUUCCUAGCGGAGCUAUGGUAUUAGAACUAGAAUCCCAAGAAGAAAAAUAUGUAUCUAUAGAAACUGCCGAAAAGGUAGAAGAACAUGGAUCACUUUCAGUUGAAGAAUUGGCUAAACUCUUCGGAAUAUCAAUGAUAUUAUCAAGAGAACGUCUUUUAGCUGCAGAGCGUAAUGGUAAAAUUUGUAGGGAUGAAUCAAUAGAAGGCUUAAGGUAUUAUCCAAAUUUGUUUCUUAGAUAGAUAUUGUUUUCCAAACACAAACAAGCAGUUGCUUAAUAAAUUUUAAGAGCAAAUAUUAUUGUGUUUUAUAUUUUUUUAUUUACAUAUGUAUGUACUCAAAUUUUUCAAGAUGCAAUAAUAACGAAGAUUAUUUGUCUUUA